AAUACCUCGGCGGGAAAGAUGGCGAAUUGGCGGGAACAAAUCGGAACCCAAAAACACAGGGAGAGACAUGGUGUAAUAAAUACUCUAAGAGCCUCUGAGACUGAGAGCCUCUGGUUGUAAUAGGUCUUCUUCAAUCUUCAAAAAGAUCUCGUCUUUGAAAGAUUUCAAGCCAAAAAAAAAUGGCGAAGGGGAAAAAAGCUAGGGUUUUGGAGGGUCAAGUUCCAGUGCAAGAAGAAGACAAUGACCAUCAGGGUCAAUCUCAACCUUCCUCGGUUGAGAAGAGUCUCUAUGAGGUUCUUGGUGUGGAUAGAUCAGCAUCUCAACAGGAAAUAAAGAAAGCAUACUACAAGUUAGCAUUGCGUCUUCAUCCUGAUAAAAAUCCCGGUGACGAGGAAGCCAAAGAAAAAUUCCAGCAAUUACAAAAGGUGAUAGGCAUUCUUGGUGAUGAGGAGAAACGAGCACUUUAUGACCAGACUGGUUGUGUAGAAGAUGCUGACCUUGCUGGUGAUGUCGUUCAGAAUCUACAUGAAUUUUUCCGAGCCAUGUAUAAAAAGGUCACUGAAGCAGAUAUUGAAGAGUUUGAAGCAAACUAUAGAGGAUCUGAUUCAGAGAAGAAAGAUUUGAUUGAUCUGUAUAAACAGUACAAGGGUAAAAUGAACAGACUCUUCUGUUCAAUGCUUUGUUCAGAUCCUAAACUUGAUUCACACCGCUUCAAGGACAUUCUUGAUGAGGCAAUAGCCUCAGGAGAACUGAAAUCAACCAAAGUCUAUCAGAAGUGGUCAAAGAAAGUAUCUGAAACCAAACCACCCACCAGUCCUUUAACGAAGAGGGUCAAGUCAGAUAAACAGUCAGAACCAGAUCUAUAUGCAAUCAUAUCUCAACGCCGAACUGAGAGGAAAGAUAGGUUUGAUUCUAUGUUCUCAACUCUGGUGUCUAAAUAUGGUGGGGGUGGUGCUGCUGGUUCAGAACCCAGUGAAGAAGAAUUUGAAGCUGCACAGAAGAAGCUUGAAAGCCGUAGAAUUUCGAAAAGGUCAAAACGUAAGUAACUUCUGAUGGAGUACUGAUCUAUAAAUCGAUCGUGUAUAAAUUUAUGUCAUGGUUGGCAAAAGGCCCAAUGUAUGAUACUUAUCAGAGUUGUUUGUCUUUAUUUUUUUCUUUUUCAUAUUAAACAAGUUAAUUAGAAAACAAUUAUGAUGCAAUGCGUAUUAUUUUAUUUUAUUUUCUUUACAAAAAGAUAAGUAUAUGUUAUUUAUUUAUUUA